AUGGCUAAGGGCUUAAAAAAGAAGAAAUACAGGGACCCAGAAUGGACAAUGGGAGAUACUAUUAAAUACCUAAAAGAAAAGAUGGAGAUCGAAGAGUCUGAAGUGAAACUACCGGAAAAGGGAAACUUAGUAGACAGGACAAAGAUGCAACGAGCAAGAUCAAAUGGAACAAGAUUCGCGAAUGGAGGAGAGUGGCAUCAGACGUUCGACAGUUUGCUCAACAGUGAAGGAGAGAAUAUAUCCCAGCAAAGUGACACAAAAGAAAGAGGGAAGUCGAUUACCGUGUAUUUUUUGUGA